CGCGCAGUCUCCCUUUGAGACACUGCCGAGGGCCCCCGCCCCGCCCCAUCUCUGGCGGACGCGACCGAAUCCACCGAGCCUGGUUCCGCCUCCUGCCCAUUGGCCGCCGCCGAGAAGGCGCCCGUCGUAUCAGCGUCCGGGUCCCCCACGUGGGAGGCGGGACGAAGGCGGAACCCGCGACGAUUGCUGGCGCCGCCGGCCAGUGGCCGCCCGGUUCGCCCCCCCACGUGGGACGGAAGGCUUUCCCCUCCCGCCGUUGGCGGGGCCGCCCUGCCGCUGGCCAAUCAGAGCGGGAAGGGGAGAGAGGAACAGAGGGGGGAGGGAGAGACGCGCGAGGCGCUCGAGUUUGGCAGUUGGCGGCGGCCGUUGCUCCCCUCGCGCCUCUUCCGUUUGAAAACGAGGGUUGAGCGGGAGGGGGGCUGGCGCGGCCCCGCCCCCGGGCCUGAGCGGACCGAACCAUGAGCGGGGACGGGGGGAUCCCCCGGACCCCACCACCCUCCCCGGCCGCCAAGCGCCGCCGCCCGGGCCCGCUGCUGAAGGAGACCGAGGCCGCCCAGGCGCUGACCCAGCUGACGGCCUGGGGGGGCCUGGAAACCGCCGGCCGGCAGGGGGCGCCCGCGGCCCAGGGGGACCUGGAAACUGCCGUCAGCGGGCUGGCGCCCCCUGCUGGGGAGGGGGGCCUGGAAACUGCCCUCCCCCCGCGGGGCAGCCUAGACACCGCCGGUAGCGGGCAGGGGAGCCUCGAGGCUGUCGCCAACGGGAAGGGGAGCCCCAAGACCGCCGGCGGCAGGAAGUUGGACCAAGAAACUUCUGAGGGGGAGCUGAGCCCCCAAGGUGCAGCCGGGGUGAAGAGGAGCCUUGAAACUGAUUCCGCUGCGGAGAAGGGGGUCCUGGAAACCGCUGCCACAACGACGGGGAGGCUCGACACCGACACCCCUGAGGGGAAGGGGGUCCUGGAAACAACAGCUACAAAGAUGGGGAGGCUCGAGACUGACGCCGCGGAGGGGAAGGGGGUCCUGGAAGCCGCCGCUGCCAAGAUGGGGAGGCUCGACACCGCCGCCGCUGAGGGGAAGGGAGGCCUGGAAACCGCCGACGGCCGGGAGGGGCGGAGGAAGAGGAGGGCGGAGGAGGAGUGCUCCAUCAUCUCGGUGGGGGAGGAGGAAGAGGAGGAGGAGGAGGGGGCCGCGGCGGCCCGGCCGGCCCCGGACACGGAGCAGUACCUGGAGGCGCUGGAGGCGGUGCAGCUGGAGCUGGCGGCGGUGAACGAGCAGGCCGGCUGCGCCUUCCGCAUCCUCAAGGCCAAGUUCGGCCACAUGCGCCGGCCCCACCUCGAGCGCCGCAACCUCAUCAUCCAGAACAUCCCCGGCUUCUGGGUCACCGCCGUAUCCCUCCGCCGGGGGGCGCCGCAGGGCCCGGACUCCUGGGUUCUCUCCCCGGCUCUGGGAGGAGUAGGGGGACCAGAGUGGUGUGGGUGGGGGUGCGCACUGUGGAAAGUCUCAGGCCCGGACUCCUGGGUCCUUUCUGCCCCCCAGGUGGAGGACUUCACUCACGCCAAGUCGGGGUGUAAGAUCAAGUUCUACUUCAGCGGGAACCCCUACUUCCAGAAUGAGGUGAUCGUCAAGGAGUUCCAGCCCGCCUCCUCAGGCCGGCUGGUGUCACACUCCACCCCCAUCUGCUGGUGGCGGGGCCAGGACCCCCGGGCCCACGGCCGCAAGAGCCCCGAGAUGGGGCGCAGCUUCUUCAGCUGGUUUGGGGACCACAGCUUCCCUGCCGGCGACCGGAUCGCUGAGAUCAUCAAGGAGGACCUCUGGCCCAAUCCCCUGCAGUACUACCUGAUGGGUGAGAACGGGGGCGCCGGGGACGACAGCGGGACCGAGCACGGGGACGACUGUGUGGUGAUCGUGGAUGACGAGGGGGAGGAGGACGAAGUGCAGGAAAUCAUGGACGAGGAAGAGGACGGCGAGGAAGGCAGCGCGGCGGAGGAACUGAUGGCGGCGGCGUCCGGCCGUGGCUCAGAGCCGGAGGAAGACGGAUGAUCCCCCCCCCAACCCCACCAGCACCCGAAGACGGACCAGGAUCCCCCCCCCCGGCGCCCCCUGCUGGGCUGGACUCUGUGAUUGAGCUUUGCCCGCGGCCCCAGCUCAGGGCUUGGGGCAAUUAAUCGCAUCCCUUAAGUUAUUGAGGGGGGCUGCAGUUCCCAGCCUGGCCACUGGGGGGCAGCGCUCCCCCCCGCGGUGUCACAAGUGGGGCAGUCGUCUGGGGGGGGGCCUGGGCCUGCUGGGGUCGGGUAUCGGCCCAGGGCGCUGGGGGCAUGGUGGGUAAAUACCCCCCCAUGGGCCCGUGGGGCCCUGUCUGGCCAUGGGAGAGGGGCAUUGUGGGUAAAUACCCCCCCAGUGGGCCGGGUGGGGGCCCCUGUCUGGCCAUGGGAGAGGGGCAUUGUCGGGUAAAUAACCCCCCCCCCCCCCGUGGCCAGGGGGGGCCUGCCCCUCCAGUGGCCUGUUCCGUGCAGCUCAGGGUCUUUUUCCAUUAAUUAAUUGUGUUCAGUGGUUGGCCGUUAACACCCCCCCAGCCUGGGGCCCCCCCGGACCCACUGCCAACCUCAGGGCUCCCCGAGCACCUCCGCUGCACCCCCCGCAGCUCAAUCCCAUCAGCCCCUGGGGCUGGGCACGAUGUGAUCUGCCUGUCUGCUGGGGGGCACCGUGGGGCAGGGUGGGGGGCCCCUCUGAUGUCUUGUAGCCGUGGGUCAGGCGCUGGGCUGGCCAGCCCCGGCGCCCCCCAUGGCCGCCCUAUGCAAUGCUACUGAAGGGGGCGGGGGUUGGACACGGCCCCCUGAAAACAAAGCACUUAAUAUACGGAGAGAUUUCA